GUCACGCACGUAACGCGUCCCUGUUCUGUUGACUGGGAAGCCCCUAGCGCGGAGCUGCCAACGCCCGGCGUAAAGACACAAAUAGAGGAUACGAUCUUGAAUGAGUAGACGACUGUAAAACGAAGCCAUGCAGACCAUCAAAUGUGUUGUAGUCGGGGACGGCGCGGUGGGUAAAACCUGCCUGCUCAUCUCCUACACCACAAACAAGUUCCCAUCUGAAUACGUACCUACGGUGUUUGAUAACUAUGCCGUCACGGUGAUGAUUGGAGGCGAGCCCUACACUCUGGGCUUGUUUGAUACAGCAGGUCAGGAGGACUACGACAGGCUACGACCUCUGAGUUAUCCACAGACAGACGUCUUCCUCGUCUGUUUCUCCGUUGUGUCCCCCUCCUCCUUUGAAAACGUCAAAGAAAAGUGGGUUCCAGAGAUCACCCACCACUGUCCAAAGACCCCGUUCCUGCUCGUCGGGACUCAGAUUGACUUGCGGGAUGACCCCUCCACCAUAGAGAAGCUGGCCAAGAACAAGCAGAAGCCCAUCACUCCGGAGACAGCUGAGAAACUGGCAAGAGACCUGAAGGCUGUGAAAUACGUGGAGUGCUCAGCUCUCACGCAGAAAGGCCUAAAGAAUGUGUUUGAUGAGGCGAUAUUGGCCGCACUGGAGCCCCCAGAACCCAAGAAGAAACGCAAAUGUGUGCUGCUAUGAGAGGCUCCUCCUUUCUGAAGCACACACACACACACACACACACACACACAGUCAGUCAUCUUAAAUAAAACACUCACACACUUAAAUAACCCCCUGCCACGCCCCCUCCCUUUCCCUUCGCUCUGCGGUGUUUGGUCCUCGGCUUCUGGAAAGAGGAAACGUUUUCAGAUAAAUCUCUGCAAUAAAAAAAAAAGAAGCUUCAGCCAACAUGGCGGUGGCGGCGGGUGCUGAGGGGUGUGGGGGUGGCCUCGGAUACACAGCACACACACAAGUAGAAGGGGGGUGAGGUUCAUUCCAUCAGUGUCGUUGCCCCGUCGACCCUUUGGAUGCCCAUAGACAUAAGCCCCGCCCAUUUCUGCCGCCCCCCCCCCUCAAGCUGACGAGCACACUCGUUGGCCCGAUGUUUCUGUCCCAGAGCUAACUGAAGAAAUGCUAACACACAAGUAGUGUUUUAUUUCUCUUUUGCCAACCCCCCCCCCCCCCCCUUUUUUUUCUUCUUCUCCCCCCCCCUCCUCAAACACAUGACUCGUCUGAGAUAUUUAUUCCAUGUUCCAGAUAGAUGCGCUCCUAACCACUACGGAACCUGUGUAGGUCCACACGAUCUCAGCAAUGUGGCAAAAAGCAAACCUGCACUCAGCUGUGAGACGUCGCCCUCUAGUGUCUGUCUGGAGCGUGGUGACCACUUGAGCUCAAACGGGCAUCCAGUAGUAAGGAAUCGGGCCUUUUUAGAUGCAGGGAACUUAAACAGUGUUAUGGGAGCAAGUGGCCUGCUCGUGCUGCUUUGUCGUGGGGGGGGGGGGGGGGGGGGGGGGGGGCAAGGGCGGCUUUUAUCAUUGUCACCACCUCAAACUUAGAACAGGUACAACAGAGACAGCCGAAUCAUCAUGGAACAGCCGACCAAUGAACCCCCCCCCCCCCCCCCACCCUCAGAACUGUGAGCGGGGCGGAAUGCUGGUUCUGUUGUACCCCCAUGCAGCCGGGCCCCUCGGCCCCCGCUACAAACGAUGGGUUGAACUGAUGUAAUUAUAAUGUAAGCUGGCACACGAUGUAGGCUCCAGGUGUUUUUACCAAAACGUUUUUUUCUGUUUUUGUUCAUUCUUUUUGUUUGUUCUUUUUUUGUGCUGUUUUUAUUUUAUAAAUAUAUAUAUAAAUAUAUAAUUAAAAAAAAUGGAUUACUUUCACUCCUUUUACAUUUAUGGGUUCGUCUGAACUCUUCCCCGCCAGUUUAUACCAAGAUGAAGCUCUGAUUGGUUGAGUUAAAUAAACCCCUCCCCCCCAAAGGCAGAGACUGUUCUUAAAGAGGAUUUGUGAUCGGUCGGUUCUUGUUUUUCUUUACUGGCGGCUUAGAGUUGGGUCCAUUUCCAGCCCAAGUCAGUAUAAUUAUUAUAACCUGUUGUUGUUUUGGUGCAAAACCAAAUGCUCUGUCGAAAAGUCUUUGUUCUUUGUAUAUGCAUUCUUUAAAAAAAAUUAAACUUAUACCUUAAUUGCCUUUA